UAUCCAUUUUCUUAUUUCACAAUUUUAUUUUAAAAUUUUUGGGGAUAAUUCUUGAACCCUAUUCGAUUGUAUACCUAUCGACGUCAUGUCAAAGGCGGAGCAAUAGAAUAUAUAAAGACCAGAAAAUCAUGAUUUAAAUACAGUUUAUAAGAAUCUUUUGACCAGCAAUUACGAAUAAACAUACAAAUUUAUCAAUCCUUACUGUAAUUAAAAUUUAUUUAUUAAAUCGUAUCAAUAUGGAAGCUUGUAAAAUAAUUUUCUUGUGUGCUCUUGGAGCUGUUGCUUUGAUUUCAACUUCUUCAGCACAACAUCAAAUUAGUCAGGAUGAUUAUAAUAGUUUGAAGGCUCAAAUAGAUUGUGUUCUUGAUAGAGGAGUUUGUGAUGAAGUUGGCAUGUUUGCAAAGCAAAUUUUGCCAGAACUUAUGCUCACCCACAAAUGCUCAAUGUGUGAUGACGCGAUGAAUGCCAAAUUACAAAGAACACUUGGUUUAAUGCAUGUAUAUUUCAGUAAUGAAUUAAUUGAAAUUCAGAAUAAAUACAGCAACCCUAGAGCAAGAAAUUCAGAAAUUUCUCAAGAUAAGCUCGAUGCCUUGAAAGCUCAAAUUGAUUGUGUUCUCGACAGAGGAGUAUGUAAUGAAAUGGGAGAGUUUGCAAAACAAAUUUUGCCAGAAUAUCUUCGUACCGGAGUAUGCUCACUGUGUAAUGAUGAGAUGAACGCUUUAGUAAAAAAUACAAUGCAAUUAAUGCAUGUUUAUUUCCGAAAUGAAUUAGCUGAAAUCUUUAAGAAAUACAGUAGCCAGCCACUUUCACGCCACUCAUAUCAUCACUAAAUUUUCUCAGUAAUUUUACAUACAAAAAAAAAUACCAUUAACACAAAUUUUAUCUCUGCAAAAUGACGAAAUGUUUAAAUAUUAUUAAAAUAACAGAUAAAAUAUAGUUUUUAAAAUUCAACAAAAAAUAAUUAGAUACCUGAAUACACAAAUGACUCAUCGACAAGGAAUUUUACGUUAUCAUAAAUAUAAUUUAGACAUUAAUAUGUAUAAUAACAAAUUUGUGAUGGAAAAGUUAUCAGUCUGAUUUAAUGAGUUGUAUUAAAAUUAAUUUUUCAUGUUCAAUAAAAUAUAAAAUGUAAUUGACCACAAA